UUGCAGGUAUUGGGGCUGCUGGUGUGGACCCUGAUUGCUGGAACAGAAUACUUUCUAUAUCCAGCCUUCGGCUGGGUGAUGUUUGUAGCUGUGUUUUACUGGGUUCUCACCGUCUUCUUUCUGAUCAUCUACAUGACAAUGACCUACACCAGGAUCCCCCAGGUGCCAUGGACCACAGUGGGUCUGUGUUUUAAUGGAAGUGCUUUCAUUUUGUACCUCAUUGCUGCCAUUGUAGAUGCAUCUUCAGUUACCAAAGAACUGGACAGUCACAAUUACAACAGCUGGGCAGCUUCUUCAUUCUUUGCCUUCGUGGUUACCACCUGCUACGCUGGAAAUGCUUAUUUUAGCUUUAUAUCUUGGCGAUCACGAACUUUGCAGUAAAUAUUUUGUUAAAAUGAAUUCUGUAGUAUAAAAUAUCUUGAGGAUUAUGCUCUUUUGACAAAUGCUUGGAAGAGGGAUGAGGUCUUUUUGAACAUUUCUGUUAGAUUUGACACAAUAUAUUUUAAGCUGAGAUUAAAAUUAUUAUUUAUAAUACAAUAUCAUCUUUAGAGACAUUUAACACUGACUUUGUACUGUAUAAUAAAAUUUCAUACUGCUUCUUUUAAAAUUAACAUGGUAUUUUUCGAGACAUUGUAUAGAUGUUAUUACUAAAGCUUUAAUAAAUCUUACUCAGACAAUGUGCCAAUUUUGUAAAUGUAAGUUUUAAAAUGUUACAGGUAUACGUUUGAUACUUAAUGCUAUAAAUCAAAACUAAGAGUGAUACUGUCUCAUUACUAUGUAUAAAAAGUGACAUUGUGCAGAAAAAAACACCCAAAACUUUAAAAAUAAAUAAAUAAUUGACCCAACUGU